AUGCCGUUCCUCGCUGAGAAAUCCGCCCCCAUCUCCAACAAAGACAUUCUCUCGUGGAUGUUUGAUGAGCCACUCUUCGAUCAGAACAAGCCAGUCUACAUCGAUGCUUUGGACCCGGCCAACUCAAUCUCCGGCAACCAGGCCAGAAAAAUCAUACGACAGCUCGCCGCCGGCUUGCAUGCAGCUGGCAUCCGACCUGGAGACUGCGUCUGUCUCCAUGGCUUCAACAGUAUACACUACUCCAUGCUCUUCUUGGGCAUCGUCGCCGUCGGCGGUUGUUUUGCCGGCACCAACCCUGCGUACACCCAGUUCGAGCUCACCCACCACUUCAAAACAUCCCAGGCCAAGUUCCUGAUCGUAGAACCCGAGUUGCUUGCGAACGUCGUUCCCGCCGCCAAGGAGUGCGACAUACCACGAUCGAGCAUCAUGAUGUUUGACACCCAAAACGAGGCGAUUCCACCGGGCUUCGUGUCGUGGAGAAGUCUGUUGGCCCAUGGCGAGAGAGACUGGGUUCGCUUCGACGACGAGCGGACGUCGCGAACCACGACGGCGGCAAGGCUCUUCAGCAGCGGCACCACCGGUCUCCCCAAAGCCGCCGCGCUGUCCCAUUACAACCUCGUCUCGCAGCACACGUUGGUGUACGAAUACAACCCGUCCUCCUACGAGCCUAGCCGCCUCCUGUACCUCCCACUCUUCCACGCGGCAAUGGUCCCCAGCGCCCACGUCAGUCCGUUGCGGGCGGGACACGUCUCGUACGUCCUGCGCCGGUUCGAGCUGCAACCUGUGUGUGAAGCUCUCGCCAAGUACCGAAUCACCGAAAUGACCCUGGUACCUCCGGUCGCCAUGGCAAUGCUGAAGUUCCCCGGCAUUCGCGACUACGACUUGACCGGCGUCAAAGCGAUCUUCUGCGGAGCCGGCCCGCUCGACAAAGAGCACCAGAAUGCUCUGCUCCUCAUCGUGGGAGGCGACACCUCCUUCACCCAGGUCUGGGGCAUGACCGAGACGAGCUGCGUCGCCACCAAGUUCUACUACCCCGAAAAGGACGACACGGGCAGUGUCGGCCGACCGAUACCGAAUCUGGACAUCAAACUGAUCGACGACGAUGGCAAGGAUAUCACGGCCUACGACACUCCCGGCGAGCUCUGCAUCCGAGGUCCGACGAUCAUCACGAGUUACUUUGACAACCCCACGGCGACGGCCGACUCGUUCGACGACGAAGGGUACUUCAAGACAGGCGACGUCAUGUACUGCAAAGCCGGGACCAAGAAGUGGUACAUCAUCGACCGCAAGAAGGAGUUGAUCAAGGUGAGGGGGUUCCAGGUGGCUCCCGCCGAGAUCGAGGGCGUCCUGCUCGCGCACCCUCACCUCCAAGACGCCGCCGUGAUCGGGAUCCAGAAAAUGGACGAGCCGGAAGUCGAAAUGCCGCGAGCGUACGUGGCACGCAAACCGACGCCGGAGGGGAAGAAAUUGACCGAGGCCGAAGUGAGAUCGUACUGUGACGAGAAGUUGGCCAAGUACAAGUCACUGACGGGGGGAGUCCGUUUUGUCGAUGCGGUGCCCCGAAACGCCACGGGCAAGGCACUCAAGCGAAUCAUGAGAGAAAUGGCAAAGGCAGAGGCGGGCAACGAGGCCAAGUUGUGA